GUCUAAGACUAAUAGCCAAAUCCAGUAUAAGGUAUUUUGGCUGGAACUGUCCUCCAGAAAUGAUACAUGCUACCACUGAAAAAGAGAGCGGGCGGAAGGAAGAUAGAUCGACUACAGUCUACCCCUAAUAGGAAGCCUGAGCUGCAGGUAUUCCGACCAAGUGUGGCGAGUCAUGUUAUAGUACAUAUGAAACUACGAAUGAUGGCAUCAUGCACAGUAUUAGUAUGCACAGUUGGAGCAAUAAAUGUUGAAAAGAGCAAAAAGCCAAGAGAAUAUGGACGACCUACCUAUAUAGUCAAUCUCCAGUUAUUGAUACAUUGCCCUGUUCAAGCAGAGUGGUACUAUCGUUUAUUCAUACAACAGUCAGAGGCUUAGCGGUGAAACAUGAGUGGUCUGUAACAGACUUUUCCGAAUCGCUGCAAUGGGACAUAAAAUGGAAUAUCUGUAGAUUGUAGGGGAAAAGUCAGGACCUGAUUUUCGGCACUCUAAAACAGGACUUAUAGAGAAUUGUUGUGACUACAUUAUGGACCCC